AUGCCCCCCAAGGCCGCCGACAAGAAGCCCGCCUCCAAGGCCCCUGCCACUGCCUCCAAGGCCCCCGAGAAGAAGGAUGCUGGCAAGAAGACCGCCGCCUCUGGCGACAAGAAGAAGCGCACCAAGUCCCGCAAGGAGACCUACUCCUCCUACAUCUACAAGGUACUGAAGCAGGUCCACCCCGACACUGGUAUCUCCAACCGCGCCAUGUCCAUCCUCAACUCUUUCGUCAACGACAUCUUCGAGCGCGUUGCCUCCGAGGCCUCCAAGCUUGCCGCCUACAACAAGAAGUCCACCAUCUCCUCUCGCGAGAUCCAGACCUCUGUUCGUCUCAUCCUGCCCGGUGAGCUGGCCAAGCACGCUGUCUCGGAAGGCACCAAGGCCGUCACCAAGUACUCUUCUUCCACGAAAUAA